AAAAACACGACUCAACAAAAAAUAAGAAAAAACAAUAACAAAAGCAAGAACAAGCAACGGCUUCAUCCAUCUGUGCAUGAAGACAAUGCACAUAGAAAAUUAUCUGAGAGCAAGCUGUGUUAUAAUAUGGGGUUUCAAAGGGCUCUGCUGCACCAUCUUUUCAAAAUUCAAGCAACCUAUUUACAGCUUACCUUUUUUAUAAUUUGUAGUCAUACAUGUAUAAUUGUUUAGAGUAUUUAUUAAAAAUUUACUUUUUUCAAUUUGUAGCUCAAGAACAGUGCAGAGAAUAUUACACAGGUGUAAUCGCCGUCGUAACAAUCCAACAGAAGAGGUCUGUGACCUGUUUUUGACAUGUUUAGAGAUGGAGAUGAUGAGCAGUGGCCUCAACCUUGGCUGCCGUUCUAUGAGCAGGAUGCUAACACGUUAUGGAAUACAUGUUCCAAGAGAUGUAGUUCUUGAAGGACAAAGGCUACUAGACCCUGAAGGAUUAAACAUGCGAAGAAGGCAUAGACUGAGAAGGCGUGUCUACAACAGUCAUGGGCCCAAUUAUGGCAUUCAUGUUGAUCAGCAUGACAAACUCAGACAGUAUGGUUUCUGUAUACACGGUGCCAUAGAUGGCUUUUCUCGUCGAAUACUUUGGUUGAGAGUAGAGUCAUUCCACCAGCUUGGAAAAUCUCUACCUCUAUUUUUACCAAUAAGAAACAAGUGGAUUUUCAUAACAGAAGACAAUUUUCAAAAGAAUGAAACAAAAAAUAAACCCAAUCCCUGUGUACCCCAACCUGGUGGAAUGACCCAGUAGAACACCAAUAGAGACCCUGCAGUGACAGCAUCAUACUUCACUGAUUUUGUGAAGGAAAUUCAAGGUGUUCCCCGCUGUGUGCAAAUGGAUUGGGGCACAGAGAAUACGCUGAUUGAGGAUAUCCAAACUGCUUUUCAUGAAGUGUAUGGAAACCACCAGCAGCAAAGUCCAUGUGUGAUACACUCUGUGUCUCCUCACAAUCAAAGAAUGGAGCGUUUCUGGAGAACAUUGUUUGAUAUGAUGACCAACUUCUGGAUGGACCGUUUGGGAGGAUUGGUUCAUGAUGGUGUCUUGGACUGCUCCUCACCAUUCCAUGUGGAAUGCUUGAGAUUCUGCUUUAUGCCAUUGAUACAAGCUGAACUUGAUGAAGUUCGUAUGGAAUGGAACCAGCAUAGACCACGGACCAUUACUAACACAGAUGCUCUACAAGGGCAGGCGGAUUUGAUGUAUUUUGUGCCAGAGAUUUUUGGAGCUCGUGAUUUCCGGAUUCCAGUUCCAAUGUGUGAAAUCACUACUACAAAGGAGGAGUUCACCACUGCGCCAAGAUCAAGUGGAUGCUCUGUUGAGUUUGAAGGAUCAUGCCAGGAUAUUCUUCUCGUCCACAACAAGAGGAUUCCUUCUUCAUUUGAGGAAGGUGCAGAAUUGUUCAGAUUGCUAUUGAAUGCACUGCAGCCAUAAAAUGUGUGAAUCUGUCUUUAAGCAGUCAAUUUCAAGUAAAUGAAAAGAAAAUCAAAGAAAUGAAAAUUAAUCACAUGAUAUACCUUACACUUCCAACAGGUGUCUUGUCCAUUUAUGUUCUAUAGAAUGGUAAAGGAUACUCUGAUGACAAGAUACUGAUUACUAAUACAUGAAAUUUUUGACUAAUUGCACCCACUAGUGGACAGCCAUGGAAAAUUUUAUAUGCUCUUAAAUGAACACAUGCUUUGCUCCUCAAAGACCAUUUGGAAUAGCUUAAAUAUGAAUGAUUACUAUAUCGAUGGUGUUGCCCUUCUUAACCAAGACAGUGUUAGUCUUUAGUAUUGCAUUAAAAAGUUGUUUCAGAUUUUUUCAAAAAAUAGAGAAGUGCAAUAAAUCAUUUUAAUAAGAGCGAUUACAGUCAUAUCAUUUCAUCAUUCACUAAGAUCAGGCUUUUCAGCAUAUUCUUUUCAAGUCUCGUUUGAUGUGAAAUGCAGAUUCAAGGGUCAGUUUGUAGCUUUGUUCAUUUUUUUUUAAUUCAGUAGGUUGAUGUUAACUGUCUGGACUGUACUAUGACAUCUACAUGUACCUGCUCUGUUUAUUUCACAUACAUUUUUGUGAAGAUCAUGGAGUGUAAAGUACAUGUGAUGAAUAAAAAUAGACUGUGAAAACACAACCAUGAAGGGAGAAAUAUGCCCAAAACCUUUAUUAAACACAUGAACACAAAAUUUUGGAAAGGUAUAAAAAUGUGAAAAACACAUGAAUAGACAAGUGUAGUAUUUAACUGCUUCAAAAAUAAAGGAACUGCAACCUCAAUAAAGAUAAAAGUCCAGCUAAAUGAACAGCAAUGUCAAAACUGACCCCCUCAUAUUAAGCACUUUAUCUCUACAUUACAAUAUGCCUCCAGUCCUCCCAACCCCAGUCCUCCCAACCCCAGUAGCAAUUUCAGAAUGUUUGUUAAGAUACUGGUGACUGUUGAUCAGCUCAAGAAUGUUCACUGGUGGCCUAGUCAAAAGGGUUUGUGGUUUAUGAGCCAAAACACAUUGUUAAUGUGAAUUGCCAACUUCACCAUCUCACAGCAUUUACUAUUCAAAUGUGAUAAAAAAUGAAAUAAAAAAGUCCUGUGCUUAGUUCAGCUUACUUUUUAGCUAUGUUUUCAAAUCCAAUUCCAUAAAAGAUUUCCAUAAUCUGUAAAUGUAUGUUUUUAGCCUGAAAAUUUUAAAUUUCAAAAAAAAUAUCCGUCACUCCUCCACUGACCCCAAAUAUGAAACAUGAGUACUGCAGCUGUUCCCAGUAUUAAUAGUUUCCUACACACUCUUCAAAACUGCAGAGUGGAAUAAACUUUGUGUUUCACAGAACUGUUACAAAGAAGUUUUGCUUAAUGAGAUAGCGAGGACUGCAGUUGCUACAUACCAGAUCUACUGACGAGGAGACUCAUCUGAUUUUUCUUCUAUUUCCAAAUUGGACAAAAUGUGUAUCAAUUAACUGUUACAUGAUUGAUUGACUUCUUAAAUACAGGUUUGGAUCCAUAAAAAUAAACUUAGCGAGGCUAAAUUCUAAUCACUUUACAUGACUUAUCAGUUCAACGAUUUGAAAGUCUUGUUUGGUCUGAUGGCCCUAAUUACAAGCUCUUAAAAUUUCAAAGACCUGUUAAUAUAAACAUGGAAAGAAUACUUCUCUGGAAAACUUGGAUAACUUGUACCUAUAAAUUAAGCAAAGUGAACAGUGAAAGCACAAAAACGAAACUAAAGUACUUUAUACCGAAUGCCCUAUUUUGUUGUGAUUACAAAAAGACAAAAG